CAAUACUUCUUGGGUCACUUUACGACACCAUAGCGAGACAAAAAAAAGUAUCAAAAUUGUCAGGCGCUGCGAGGCGGAAGACUGUAACACCAAUUUAACUACAUCACUCGUUUGGUCUGGAGCUCAUGAUUACGUGCUGGGUUCAUCAGCGAAUGAGACAGUGUCGGUGACUGUACAGAACUCCGGGCAUCAAUCCCUGGACAGUUGUGCGUGGGUGAAGAUCACUGGGGCGCCAGUACGGCUGGGCAACUGUCGCCGAGACGGGGAGGGAUACAAGUGCAUGCUGUCAACCCCCAAAAGGGAUAAGAAAGAUACCCUGAACUUCAGUUUGAACAUGACUACUCUGCGGAGUACGGAUGAAAAACUUGAGGUGAUAGUACGCGUCCACGAGAACUGCGACCAGCCAGAAAACACAACGCACAAGAUGGAAGUAAAAUAUCAAUUGUCAACUGACCAUAUUCACGUUAAUGGCAUUGCCAAAGAUCGAAAUGUGACCGAAAAAGUAAUACUGGACGAUAAAAUCGAAAUAAUAAACGACGGCCACGAGUACGAGAUAGUGAACAACGGAACGGUAGAGUGGGUGAAUGUGGUUGCGGUCAUCGCGAUUGACAAGAAACCGUUUAUUCAUCAUUACAUGGCUUCAAUUCCAGAAUAUGAGUGCAGUGAAAAAAAUGAAACUGACAAAAUUUUGUUCGAGUGUAAUUUUAAUUUGAUGCCCCAUUCGAGGAAAACAGCAAUCGUAACUAUUGAUAUCCAAAAAGACAACAUAUUAAAGAACCUGAUAAAUGGAAAGUUAAAUACCACUUCGCUAUUGACAUUAUAUCUGACACCAAAAUUGCCACCAUUGAGCGAUAAUGCAACAAUGUUUAUGACAUAUUUGCAAGAACGAUCAUUAUUGAACAAUAAGUUGGUGAUUGUACUGGGUGCCGUUGCGUUGGCAAUAAUUAUACUUGCAAUAUUUAUUUACGCUCUUUACAAGGCGAACUUCUUCAAGCGGAAACAGAAGAAACAAUUAAACGAACUGAGGGAGAGUGUGAGAAGGAGAAGUAUGAAAAAGCCAUCUGACACGCCGGUAACAAGUAAAACUGAAGAAGACAUUAUCAUCGAAGUGGUUGACGAGCCGCCGUUCGCAGUUCCUACAACGACAGACGAUGAAGCUGUGUUAAUUAUAGAGGAAAAGGCCCAAGUCCAUUGUUAGCCUCAAAGCAAUUUGUUACAAUUUUCCAGGAUGUCGUGACAGCUUGAUGCAAAACACAUCGGAUAAUACUCUUCAAGAAGUUCAUGCGAAUCAAUCAGCGUAGGACUUGAAUUGAACACCUCACGUAAGCGACUAAUGGCUCCCUAUAGAAACUUAAAUGGCAAA